AUGAAAUGGAAGAAUGAUAUAAAGAGGUGAGGGAUAUAGCUAUUAAUGAUAAAUUAACACAUGCCAUUAAGGUAAGGUGGGAAAUAUGCAGGUAAAAUGAUUUUGAGGAGAUAUGGAGGGUGUUUGCAGAAUUUGUACUGUUAAAACAGAAAGGGGUCAAACCAUCGCAAGAGGUGUUGAAAUUUUGGGAGGUUGGAUAGUUACAAUGGAAUGGUCUCGGUGGUGGGGUGUACAUUUUUAUUCUUAUUUAUUUAUGAUUAUUAGUUUGUCAAAAAGAAAAAGAAAAUUUAAUAAAAUAAAAUAAAAAGGGUCUCUUAAUCUCUCUUUUUUUGCAGGGCACUUUAUGACCGGAUGGCAGAAGUGGAGCAGGACUUGAGCUUCAAGAAGGAUGACAUUUUGUACGUCGAUGACACUCUGCCGCAGGGGAACUUUGGUUGCUGCAUGGUGUGGCAGCUGGAUGAAAACGCCCAAAAGCUGGAAAGAGGACAGAUUCCCAGCAAAUACAUGUAAUUAAAUCUCUGAGAUACAAAUGGCGUUUGCCUCAUUGCUAAAAGCGGGCAGUUACGAUGAAGUAUGAACAAAAGCCAAGCGUUUUGUUCUUCAAAGCCUUGCUGUUAAUGUUGGAGGGGGUAUUGAGUUUCCUAGUAAAGUUACUUGAGAGAGGUGGCAUGUUUUAAUAACUCUCAAUUAAAGAAACUAUUCCGUCAAGUCAUUUUUAGUGCUGCCAAUGGUUGCCUACUUCCUAAAAAUGGAAAGGACUUUGUUUUUGUGCUUUUAUUCCGGGACAGCCUAAGUGGCUUCCCGUCAUCAUGCCACAGCACUUUUAGACAGGGAUGGAUGGCAUCCAUAUUUAAUUUUGGUCCAUGGGUUGGAACAUAAGAGAACACCACAUUUUCCCCUUUAAUCCACCAAAUUAACGCUUGCUUUUUAAUAAAGAUCAAUGAGAUUAAGAUCAAGGGGCAGAAUUGGGCACUGCUGCCUCAGCUAAGAUCCUGAUGUCAUGGUGUAUAUGCAGCCAAUUGGUGGAGGGGGAUGUCCCUCAUUCUGGCUGCCAGCUUAUACUUUUUUUGGUUUUCACUCACUCUCAGGUCUUUUACUUGAUCAUAUCCUUCUCUUUCUCCCUCUUUGCAAUAGCAUUUCACCAACCUUCUCACUUCAUUUCCCUCCAUCUUACCUUGGAACUGUAGAAUCAUGGGGUUCUAGUGUGGCCAUACCUGCUCUUCUCUUUUGUAUGGGACUCCAUUAUUCUUACUAUUUUUUAAUUCUUCACUUUGUGCUUCAAGUUUCUAUACCUACCCACUUAGAUGACCACCACACACAUGUAAAGAAAAAGAAGGAACUUUUUAUCACAUGUGGUGGACCUGCCCCAAGGUGAAAGACCUCUGGGAAAAGAUUUAUAACGAAUUGAAAAAAAUGUUGAAAUAUACAUUAUAAAGAAAUCAGAGGCCUUUCUUCUUGGAAUAACAGGUUUGGAAUUGCCCAAGAAAGAUGUUUAAUUAUUUUUGUAUGCCACAACUGCUCAAAUAGUACUAGCUAAGCAGUGGAAAACGCAAGAACUACCAACUGUGGAAGAAUGGCAGAUGAAGAUGAUGGGCUUUUCAGAGCUAACCGACCUGACCGGAAGAGUCCGCAACCAGAAUGAGGAGGAGUAUCAGGAAGAAUGGAAGAAAUUUAAUGACUAUUUAGCUAAAUACAUCAAGUUAAAUUAAUUGGAAAAAGCUUGCAAUUACCAGCUAGGCCUAGGAUUUAAAUAAGUAAUUCGAGGAAUUAUUAUGUUUAAUGCUGAAUUGGGAAGAAUGACUGAUGUUAAGUGACUAAGUUAAGAUUUUAAGAACUUUGAUUUGGAAAACCGUUAAAAUGAUAUUCAUUGAAAUCCAACUAGGGGGAUAUGAGGAAGUCACUUAAUAAUGUUAAGAAGAUUAGUUUUAAUAAGGUUAUGAUUUAUGUUUGUUGUUUAUUUGUUAGUUUAAUUUGUUAUUUAAUUUUGUGAAAACCAAUAAUUUUUUUUGGAAAAAAAUUUAAAAAAAAUAAAGUCAUGGCUUGGUUUAGCUCAGAACCAAACUUACAUCCUCAAGUCAACUACAGACGACCCCAUAGCGAGGCCUGUCUCAAGAUCCAUCGUUGGUUUUACUGCUACCUGUUUGAGAGCAUUUCAGAUGUUGCCCGAGUAAGCCCACAAUCUCUUUGCAGGAUGGAGCAGGAGUUCUGCAGGAGGCACAGCAUGUCCGAAGCUAAAGAUGAAAACAGCUCUGCAAAGACAUCAUCGGCAGCAGCUCAGAGGUCGUUCUUUAGGAGGAAGCACAAGCACAAACGUAGCGGGUCCAAAGAUGGAAAGGAACUGCUAGCCGUUGACACCAUCAGCACAGACUCCAUCCCUUUUUUGGAUGGCAAGUGUCUUAACCAAAUUUGCUUAGCCCACAACAAAAUUAUCUAGGUUUAUUUGCAUAUUGGUAAAGGAGGCCCUAUGACUUUGGGUUUCAGAACAAAACAAAACAAAACAAAACAAAACAAAACAAAACAAAACAGAGGAGUUGAGGCAAGGGUGAGCGGGGGAGUGUCAGCCUGCUAUAUCCAUUGCAUGUUCAAAGCUGUUCGGUGCCAGCCAAAUGUCAUGUAUCUCAUGUCCCACUCUCUCACACAUUUAAUCUUUUACAUACAAGACUGAUUAGCAUGUCCCAUAACCCUUCUUAAAGUAUAUUUCCACAUGUCCCCAUAAAUCUGCUAUUCACGGUAGCUAAGAAGUAUGGAUUUGGAUCAUUAGCUAUAGAAUGCGGAGUUUCUCCAGUUGUUCCCAAUGAUCCUUUUCUGUAUUACCUGUUCGGGCUUUUAUUAUUAUUAUUCAGAUUUAGUAUUGUUAGAGAAUUCAGAUUCACAAUAUUCAGACAGCGACUGUCCCACACCUCAGUUACCUUCACUAGCAUGGGCCCUUGAACUGUUGCAUUCUUUUAUUUAUUUAUUUAUUUUCCUGAUCAUGUAAGCAACUCUCCGUUUCUCUCCAGAUUCUGUAAACCUUGCUUAUCAACGAGUCCAGAAAGUGGACUGCACGUCUCCCAGGCCUGUGCUUAUUCUAGGGCCAUUACUUGAUGCUGUGAAGGACACGCUAGUCAAGGAAUCUCCAGGAAAAUUGUGCCGGUAUCUUCUUGGUAAGUAUGUCAGCACUUGAAGGUCCUUGAGUAACAAAAAGUUGGUCUCCGGAGGGAGCAGUAGAAAAACAAUGGUUGCUUAGGUGUUAUGGGUAAUUCAGGUGACACACACCCUCUAUCGGCAAGAAUUCCCUUCUAAAAUACCUCUUUUCCUUUGCCCAUUUGGCCAUUGUGCUGCUCUGUGUUCUUAGGUAUUCUUUCCUCCUCUCCCUCUUCAGCUUAUAAUUCUCCCUCUGCUCUCUUUCCUCUUAAGUCUCUUCUCCUUACUGUAGAAUUCAUCUAAACCCCUCCUUACCAAUGCCUAACCGCCACUCGAGCAACUGCUCGCCACCAAUACCCUCAUGCCUGAAACCAAUCCCUGAUCCCCUUUGCUAUGCUAGCCGGCAAAAGAGGGUGAGCCCCGGCCGCGCCGGCCCUAAAUAGGGCAGGCCACGCCCCCCGAGCCACCCGAUUGGCUGGCUGGGCGGACAACGCGGCCGGGAUUCCCCUGCUCUUGCGGGGGCUGAAACCAGCCCCCGCUCAUGUGGGGUGGGCGUGAAGCCCGCAACCCCACCUCCUGGCCAGGUCCGGAAGUGGCUUUUUGGGAGAGAAACAAACUGAUCCCUGGUUUUGGAUGCAAUGGUUGAUCCAAGAGUCGUAUUUUGUUUCUUUCCAGUGUGUAUAGGGAAGAGACAGGCCAGAAAGACUCAACUGUGGGAAAUUGCUAAAUAUGAGUUGUGAACAACGCCAUUACCUUGUUUUCAAUUCAAAAGGAAAGUAAAUACAAGCCACGAUGGCAAUCAUCAGCCAAGGUACAGGUGCUGCUUAACACUCCUGGUUAAGCAGAAGUACCAAGUGAUGGUGCAGAGUUAAGCAUCAUGGUCUCCCUUCCCUCCUGUGCAAUUUAUUAAACUCUUUAUCUGCUUGCUCCUUUGGGGAGAGCACUUCCUGACAGCUACGCAUGCAGCCUGGAAAUCCUCAUUUGACAGCACGGACUUAUUAAACAGUUGUCCCGGCAUGGAUUUAUUAAAGCAUGGGUUUAUGAAGCAGUUGUCGUGCUACGAAGCCAACAGGGCAACUGCUGCAACAGCCUCCUUGCUUUUCCCCAAGACUCUGUGUGUGGUCCUACAUUGAAUGAGGCAGGAGAGACGCCAGCAGUGCUGCCCCCCCGCCAUUCUCUCUCCUUUCUCCUGGCCACAAUGUAACAUCCCUCUACCCUCCCCAUUCUAGAAGGGGGGAAAACAUCAUGGUAUUAGCUUGUGCGAAUAUUGCAUUGUGGGGAAUGUGCAGCUGUGGGUGCAUAUUCCUUGAUGAUCCAGUUAAGCCCUUCAGUAGACAUAAGGCCAAAUGAUUGCUUUUAACUGGUUUAAAUAUUAGCGUGCUUUAUAUAUAUACUGUACGUGUGCAAAGGAAAACUUGGGUCUGAAGCAUCCGAAUGCCACCUUCCUGUGAAAGUAAAAAUGAAUAAACCAUUCUUUGUUUUUGCUCUUCCAAAACAGAGGUGAUGAAAGCUUCUCAACAAGCCAUCGAGUGGGGUGUGAAAGACUGUUUAUUCAUAGAUUAUAAACGUAGGAGUGGACAUUUCGAUGUGACAACUGUUGCCUCAGUAAAGGAGAUAACAGAGAAGGUGCUUCUUUUCUCUCUCUCUCUCUCUCUCUCUCUCUCUCUCUCUCUCUCUCGUAGCUUUAUUUUUUUCUCUUAAAAAAGGCACCCACCCACAGUUCUGCUGUAGCUAAACUAGUUUGGGCCUGCCAGCUUCUCGAGUGGGAGACUGUCUGGAACCACACAAAAACUUAUCUGAACUCUUUGGAGAAGAGGCAACGCACAAGGAGAUAGAAAUAUGGCCCUUUCCCAGUUAUGUUUACAUUCUUAUAUUUAAAAACUGGAUUGAUGUGCUGUUUUGAUUCUGUAAUCCCUAGAUGAAAGUGGCUAAGUAGGUGAGCCAGCAAGUUGUGUGUUCGAGUCUAACCUCGGGUGUUGUUGGCUUCAGAGCACAUGGCAGUAACUUUCCAUGGCACACUGAACAAACUUUCUGCCCCUGUUCUUAAGCUUACACUUCACGGGCCAAAUCUGAUGCAACAUGGCAGCCAAUAUUACCAUUAUUUAACAACACUUACAUAGUAUGGGAAUGUAAUAAACCUCAAAGCCAUUUGUUGAUCGUGUGCAAUUUACAUGCCGCCUUUCAUCGUAAGAUCUCAGUGUAGUUCACUGUAUUAAUAAGUAAAUAAGUAAAUCCCCCAAAUUACAUUGUAUUUAAUAAGUAAAUAAGUAAAUCAAAACAGUAAAACAGUACCCCAAAUUAAAUUGGAUUUAAUUUAAUACAAUUAAAAAGCAGUAGAAUAUUAAUCUCAGGUGAGGAGUGGGAGGUUUCUGUUUCUUCUGUCAGGAAGAGCACCCAUCCGAGCUCCCCACCUCCUCUCUCCAUGUCCCAUUGCUACAGGAACUUUUAUCUCAGGCCAGCUCUGCUACUGGCAGUAAACCAAGCUGAUGAGAAAAGAGCUUUUAGGCCAUUUGGAAGUUUCAGGUCUGCUCACCUGAGCACAACUUCCAUGGUAAAAAAGCAUGCCCUGCCCGCCCCAGUAAUGGAGACGUAUGUUUAAAUAAGAACAUGCCGCUUGUCUCCAUCACAACUAGCUGCGCCUAAGUAAAUUUGCUAUGGUGUUCAGGUUCUGCAUUUGGACAUCCCAAAGGCAUCUGCCUGGUCACUGUGAGACGCUGGGCCUUUGGUCCAGCAGGCUCCCCUUCCGUUGUUAACUGGGCAGAUAGGAAAGACGGCUUGGGGAGAGGCAGGUUUGAGAAUAUUAGGCCGGUGAUGAGUUUAAAGUCAGGUGUUUGCACUUCUUGGCUCCUUCUGUUGGUAUAUUUAAAUAGUACAGGAACUGUUAGAGAGAGAUAGAGGACACGGUGUUGGUGGUGGAGGGGUGGAAAUUGAAGGAUAGCCAAGCGAGAGAGUGAGAAGUCGCCUGGGGGAAGCAAAAAGUACAGAAAUACAGAGAGAGAAUAGGAAUGCAACCAGAAUGGUGUCUCAGACACAGCAUUAUCAAAGGCUUGAUUUUAUUUAAUCAGAUCAUAUACUGUUGUGCUUCUAGUUAUGCACACAUUGGGCAAAGUGGAAGAAAUCUUCUUCUUUGCACAACUGAUUUCUGUGCAUUGGUUAUGCUAUAUAAAUAAUAUAUGCGUGGUAAAGGGUGGGGUUUUUUCCAUAUGUAGGCUACAGAUUUGCAUAGGAUUAUAUUCAUAUAUAGUCCUUUGUGGCUACUAUUUUUAAUGCUUUUAAAAUGCCUCGAGGCCAAGGUGUACUGUACAAUAAUUGCAUUAAGAACAGGCCCCCGGGAUUUGCAAAGAAAAGUAAGGCAGUUAGGAAGGGAACAGGGGAAAGCCGGGUCAGCUCCAUAGAAGCUGUUUAAACCAGGGGUAGCCAACAAGGUGCCCGUCAGAUGUUCCCUGCCAGCAUGAUAUUUAAACCCUUGCAAGGAGGGAGAGGUGCAAAGUCAGGAGGCAUUGGAGAGAGAAUGAAGACGUGAAAAUUGGACAAGUACCCCAAGGUUUUGGCAAGAUGAAACUGCCAGUGGGGGAGAGGGAGAAGAGAGGGAAGAGAUCUCCGUACAGAAGAAGUAACUUUGAAAAGUGGCUCUGAUAAGAAAACAGGAAUCCAGGCCCAGGUGGAGUGACAGAGGCAAGCCAGCUUUGGGAGCCAAGUGGCAACCACUGGGCUUUGUGGGGCAGCUGCACUCACACUCCAUAUAUCCACCUUGCCCAACAAUUUUCAAUGCUUGCUUCCUUACAAUUAUGGUUCAUAAAAGAUAACUGAAAUUUCAGAUUUUAAGCAACAUUUAUAAACGAUGUUUCCUAUAUAUAAAUGUUUUGGACAGCCAUCCAGCACUCUAAGGGUGCUUUCCUGUCACAGUUGACAGCACUGCCACUGCCUGUUGAUUAAGGCAGAUUGCCUUGCCAGUUGCAGCAGAUCAAAGGUUAGCUGCUGCUGCUCCUGCUGCUGCAGUGUAUCAGGCAGCCUUCCUAUACUGGACACCAGGUGGCGCUCUGCACACACCAUUUCUAUGCUGAUUAAAACAGGCUGCAAAUCUGUUUAGCUCCCUAAUGGUUUGCCUUCUGUCCCCUGAAAAAUUAAGCAUUUAACGAGCUUUUUCUACGUUUCUGUGUUAGAGAGCAAAAAGACUCCGUCUUCCUGAGGGACAAAGUUACGCAGAAACAUUCUAAAGAACAGUUUGAGACUGCUCAGAAGAUAGAACAGGAAUAUAACAAGUACUUCACAGGUUUGUAUGCCAAAGGAAACAAUAGCAAAGUGGAAGGCUGGCUUCUGAUUCCUCUAGCUGGGUCGUGUUUACAGUGGUACCUCGGGUUAAGUACUUAAUUCGUUCUGGAGGUCCGUUCUUAACCUGAAACUGUUCUUAGCCUAAAGCACCACUUUAGCUAAUGGGGCCUCCUGCUGCCGCCGCGCUGCCAGAGCACGAUUUCUGUUCUCAUCCUGAAGCAAAGUUCUUGACCUGAGGUACUGUUUUUGGGUUAGCAGAGUCUGUAACCUGAAGUGUAUGUAACCUGAAGCGUAUGUAGCGUUUUUGGGUUAGCGGAGUCUGUAACCUGAAGUGUAUGUAACCUGAAGCGUAUGUAACCUGAGGUACCACUGUAUGUGUGCUGUGUAUUUUUUUGCAACAGCAUAUCCCCCCCCCCCCUUAGCAGUCUCCUGUGUGUAGAUCACAGCAUAGCACCUGGUUCCCCAUAACAACCAGAAGAAUUAUAAAUCAUCCCUUUAGUACUAAGCAUGUUCUAUUUCAAAGAAAGGGAACAACCAUUAAGUCUGUAUUACGUGCUAGGAUUUCCCAAAUGGUCAGCUCAAGGGAUAGGAAACCCAGCAAUGUUGGGCGCUAAAAUCUGGCAGAAGCUUCUGGGCGAAGUGAGGGGCAGAGCUUGCAGCUGCCCAGUGUGAUCCAGGUAAGCUGCAGUGAUGCUGCAGUUGGGAGAAUGGUGCCAUAGCUGUUUCCAACUACAUAGGUUGCUGCUGCAAACUGGACCUGCCAGCCCCUGCUCAGUUACUUAGGCACUUGACUAUGUCCAAGAUAGUGCCUGUGCAACAUUUUAAUGCAAGACACUUUCCCAAUAUUAGCAAGUGAGGACUGCAAGCAGACUGUGGAAGACACUGUGGAGAAUGGCUAGUAGCAUUUUAGUUUGUUUGAAGAAUGAAGACAUUCUGUCUGUUGGUCUAUAUCCUGGUUUCUCUGACUGCUUGGGACUGUGUGGUCAGUUCAUAUGCACAGUACAAAUCACUCUUUUUAAAAAGAAUGUAGUCCCUGCCCUCAAGCUUACAACCUUAAAGGACAUGUCACAAAAGGGAGGAGGAAAUAAGCAAGUUCAGGGUCUUGGGUGUCCAAUUUUGCCAGAAUUUUCAGUAGACGUAAGAACACCCAGAGACACUGGACACCAGUUGGUCUCACAAAAGUAAUACUUCACCUCCCAGAGCUCAAAACAAUUUUGCAGAUGACAAAAUCAACCCAUAAGUAUGAUUUUAAUUUUUUUCUCUGGAGGUGGUUCCAUUUUCUGUUUGCCCAUCACUCCCAUGGUUCCCCCCCACACACACUUUACUGCUGUCUGUUGACAUGCUCCUGGAGGUUUGAGGGGAAGUCCCCCCCUCCUCCAAGCUUUAGGGGUGGUGGCUACUCUCUCAGCCCCAAGCACUAGUUCCCUCCAUUCCCUCAAGAAGUACAGAAAGUUCAGUUUCCUGGUAGAAUUAGAGAUAAGCUGAGGGAGAAACGGGGAACUUCAUUUAUGCAUGCAGAUCCACUGUGGGAUCCUACAAAGGUGUCUCAAUGGCAUGAUCCCUCUCAGCCUUGGGAAUCAGUGGGAUUUGUGCAGUGGAGACAUGCUAAAUAGUCAGGUUUUUUGGAGUGCAGCAAGAUUAUUGGAUGGAGUAACCCUGCAACACUUUGCUUGAGAAGGAAGUUUUGCAAUAGGCCAACAUAUCCUUAUGAGAGACUCUUGCUGUGUUGGUAUUUUUCUCCACUGAUUGCUGUGGUAGAACAACAAAGCAACUAUGACAGGCUUUGAUCAUAAAUGCAGUUUUAAGUGUUUAACUCUGAAUCCCCCAGAAUGGGGUGGUAGGAAAUUCCUUGCAAUUUCCCCUUGUGCUUUGCCUUGCAAAUCCAACUUGAAUGUCCCUAAAAGCAUUUAAUGGGCUCUAACUGAGCACCAGUGUGUUGUAUUUUCUGUUAACUUGAUCCCUUGAAUAAGCCUGCCAGUUCUUUUUUUAUUACUAUUAUUAUUAUUAUUAACCAGUCAUGCCUGUUUUAUUAACGAAACCCAUAAACGGCCAUCUUCUUAUAUUUGUAAAUAGUGGCUUGUUGCUACGGCCAUCAUCUCUUUGUAUAUUUCUGCCUUGCUACUAAACUUAGCCUUCUGUUCAGCCCUGAAAGUUUAUUAUGCUAUAACAGGGGUCCCUCUAACCAUAUUUAGAUUUAAUAUGUAAACUUUGUCACCUGAUGCCACUGAAAAUAGCUUUCGGAGGGCUCAGUAACAAAACAGUUGUCUUAGAGGAUCAUACUCGUGGGGCCUGGCUGCUUUCUCCUCUUGCCAUGUUUUUGUUAGCUGUAUUGCAACAGCAAAGGCUUUCUUAGCAGGAAUGAAGGUUCUCAGAAGCUUGGCUUCUUCAACACUGAUUUCUUUUGCUAACCACAAAAAGAACUCUGCUUCCACAAACGGUAAAGAAAAGUGAAAGCCAGAAAGCCCAGUUCCUUUCUCCUUUUCCAAAGCUCAAUGGGAGUUACAAAGAGAGAUGCCCCCUUAUCUUAGGCCUCUCCCUGUGUCACUCUCAAACUAGUCCCCUGAAAGGAACAACACGCAGUUUCAGUGUCCUGAAAAAUUUACAUCUUAACUGUCUCUCUGUGUGUCUCUCCCUUGCUGUUUGUCUCUCUUCUAAGAAGCCAGACGCCAUUGCUGAAGUCUCCCUCUUCCCCACCCACCUCCCUGAUGUCUUGUUUGUGAUUUCUUGUGGCUGUAUCUGCAUAAGUGCUUCAGUGACAAACUGAUACCAUGGCCUAUGAGAACCAUAGCUGAGCACUCCUGAAUGCCAUUAAAGAUGCUAAGAGUUGGGUCCUACAAAUUCCACCAUCAACACUCAAAAUCCAUACAGUGAGAACGCAUAGAGAAGCACAGUCUGUAUGCACCUCCCUUCAUUUUCCUGAUUCCUGGGCCACAUCAAGAGUGAUGCCUAGUUCAUAUACCCGCUGGUGGAAAUGCUUAUAGGGAAGCAGGCAGUGCAGGCGCUAUUACACUCCCUCCUUUCACAGCAUCAGUUCCUGUUGACAAAGAGGCAGGCCACUUUUUGGUUCUCUGCAAAUUAUCGUGAGGAUAAUGGAGGGUGUCCUACAUAUGACCACCUUGAGCUCUUAGGAGAAAGGGUGGGAAAUCAUCAUCACCAAGAAGGGGGUUAUUAAUCCCCCUUCCUUUUUGUUGCUUCAGUGUGUUUCGAUUUCUUGGCGCUAGUGCAAACUCAGCGCCCCCCCCCCGCCCGGCCCCUGUAAACAAGCAUGCUGAUUGAUUGGUGUGUGUGAUCCUUCUUUUCACAGGGAUUGUCCAGGGAAGCCCUCUUUCGAUCAUUUGCACUCAGAUCAUGACAACAGUUGAUCAAGAACAAAACAAGGUCCUGUGGAUUCCUUUUUCAUAAGACUGUGAUGCUGCAAGCAACCUGUUCAGGUUCCCCUACCCCAGUCUUUAUUUUAUCACAUUUAGGUAGUCUAUGUAAUUGGAAGCUUACAUUGCUCAAGCUUUGUUCUUUUGGUGUGUAAUAGCCAUAGAGAUUUUUAUUUAAUUAUAAUUGCAGCCUCUAUUAAAGGGAUAUGACAACCUCUAGUGUGGUCCUGUAACUUGUUAGUUUUGCCACUGUCAAAAAAUGUGUCUGUUUUGUUUUGUUUUUUAAUUUUUGUUACAAUAUAUUUUCUGAACUAAAAAAAGUCACUGUAUGAAAACAAAAAAAGUUAAAGAAACUGAGUAGUGUGAUAAAAUAAAGGUCAAUAUCUAUAACUUGACUUGUAUGGAAGUGUUGCAUAAAUCCCUCUCUGACUCCGUUGUUCAGUUUACUACUAUCAACCAGGUUACAGAAUUAAAACAAAUUCACAGACAUUUGUAAUGGUUAUUUUACAGUGAGAUUCCAAAUUGCAUUUUGUUGCUAGAGUUGCAAUUACCCAUGAAGCAUAAUGACUCCAAAAGAAAAUUCAGAGCAAAGCUUGCUUCAGUUUUGAUACCACUGAAUUUAAAAGAUCCAACUUGACAUACCACUCUUUGUGCCCUUCCCAUUUAACAAAAUACUACAUUUUGAGUAUCAGUGGUAAACAUCUGCCUGAAGGAAAUUGGGCUUGGUAGAUGGUCCUUUUUCUUUCCAGUGUAAGAGGCAUUAGGCAAAAGGUAAAAAUUCUACUACCUCAGCCCUGCAGAUUUGGAGUCCUAACCCAUGACCUUCCAACGCCCAGUUUGGAAAUGGGAGUGCUUUAUAAGCUUUUCUCAAGCUAAUGUGUGUAAGGCUGAAAAAUAAAACAAUUCCCCCAAGUUAAGAGAAGGCUUAAAAUGACAAAGCCACGGGGUGGGGUGGGGGAUACAAAUUUUGGACCAUGCAAGGGCUUCAUUGGACCUGAUUUCAGAUGUCUUGGGAGAGAAAGAAUGUCUUAUGAAUGUACGUCUUAUGAAGCUAGCAUUCCUUCAGCUACUGAUAUAUUUGAAUAGCUGUCCCCAACCUCUCCCUGGUUAAUGAUCUUUAUGAUUUUGUUUUGGUGAUCCUACUGAAAGAUGGCCAUAAAUUCCACAUAAUGGCUAAGUGAAAUAUUUUCUGCUAUUAUAUGGGGCAUGUGGUUAUCUCAAGGAAUGAGGUGGUUUUUGUAAUUCUAAAAGUAAUGCACUUUGACUUGACAAAAUGACAGAACUAUGGUGGACACUGCAAUGAGUUGCAUAAUUGUUUAGCUAAAACUAACGUAGCUAGAGGCUCUUUGAUACAUUAGAUGGAUUAAUUUAUUUCUCCUCCACAGCUUUAGGAUCAGAUUAAGGGAUUCACACACCCAGGUUUUAAUCUUCUCUAUAUUAUAUUGUUCUUUACAGGGGUAUUCAAAAUACUAUUGAGUAAACGUCCUCUGUAAUUUUAUUUCUUUGUAGUCAACAGUCCUAGUGUUAGUAUUAUUGCCUGGUUUCUUUGCAGCUCUUCUUAAAUUCAGACUGAAGAAGAUAAUUAAGUAAUUCCAGUAAGUUUAACCAAUGUGGUGCCUUCCAGGUAUUUUUGCCCUAGAAUUCCUGUCAGUCUCAGUUAGUAUGGGCAAUGAUUCGGGAUGCUUGGGGCACAUAAAGAUGAAAAUAGUUGAUUAUCUGUAACUUUUGCUAUUCAGGUGGGUGAUUUAUGCCCUUACAUAUCCUGGCCAGGGCGUCCCAAGUUCUGCUAGUGCAUGAUGGAACUGGGAGGGAAAGGGGUUAGCUCCACCCCUCCAUUCAAUGCAAGAAAGGCUAUUGCACAUCUACAAUACAGACCAAAGGAAUUGGCACUGCAAGUCUUCUUUGCUUCCUAGAAGGCCCUGCCUGUGAAGGUACAAAGAAUCCUGCUUUAUACUGUGAGGCUUCCAUUCUUACUUCCUGGCCAGGAUCACCAAAACCCAGUUGUGGGGACAUCUCUACUUUCAGCCACGGGGAGGCAGGCUUCACAAAAUCCUAUGCAAGCAUAUUCCUAUGCUUGCUACAGCAUACCUUGUUAUUGUUUUCCUUUUAAUGCCCAAGAAAAAAAUUCUCUGGUCACACAGGUUACAGAAUUCAGGUGAUUUGGCAAACUGUGGGGUGCGGGGGUGUGUGCACACGCACACACAUGCAGAUCAAACAUCUCCCAGAUUUAAGGAUGAUCAGUAUGUAUGGAACUUUGAAUGCAUUUGAGUAUAAGACAUAUUGCCGGAAAAUUCCUACGCAAGCCAUUUCAACCUCUCUCCCCCCCCCCCAUUCAGAAGCGUUUUGAACUGCCUUUUGCUCAUGUCAUGUUGAAACUGACUCCCAAGUACUACCAGAAUAAGUUACAAAAACUGCAUAUAGGCCUGUGUUUCUUAACAAUACCAAAUACCAGUGUUCGAAGCUGAAUCCCAAAGACACAGUCUUGUCUGCAAGCUGUCAAACCUGAACAUUAGUUCAACUACUGACUUUCAAAAUCAGUAUGUGAUGCAGCCUCCUGGGGGGGGGGAGUCAAUUUGACAGAUGAAAGCCCCUUCCUUGCUUUUCUGUGCAAGGUUGUUAUAUCUCUACUCUUUAUUGUUGACUCUUUGUAAACUUUCUGCAGUUUAAGCACACACUGAAUUGGUUAGGGUAAAUUGCAUCUUCAUGAUAAGCAAAUGUUCUGAUGUUAUGGUCUGGUGUUAUGCUUCUUAAGAUAUGAGUGUGUUCUUGAGAGUACAAGUGUGGCCGACAUCACAAAAUGGCCAUUCACACCAAAGUGGUAAAUGUAUGGGCUGCAUAUGUCAGAAUACAGAUGUAAUCUCUCAUAACUGGGUGACACCCUCUUCACCCUGCUCCACUUCAAAACGAUUCCUACACACAGAAAGGUAGCAUGUCUGAAAGAAGGCAGGGCUAGAACCCUUCUUGUUAAAAUGCUAGUUUUCUAUGUGCAGAUUAUUAUUAUUUUUAACUUGUAGAGAGGCCUCCAUCUGAGCUCAUUUUAUACAUUUUGAAGCGACAUUAGUCUAGAGACAGCUUUGCCACCUCCCAAAUAAAUAGGACCACGAGGUCAUGUCAGAUAGCUGCAGUUAUUAACAAAGAUAUAUUUUUAAAAAUUAAGGGAGCAGCCAGAUUGAAAACCUAAGCCGGUCUGAAAGUUUCACUUCCACAGAGUAAUCUAGGAAGUGAAUACUUUCUUACAAAUACUUUCUUACAAAUCCCAAGCCCUUUGAGACAUGGUAGUGCUUGAAAUUCCUUAGUUUGAUAGCCCUUCCAGAUCUGUAGUGCACACCCAUCAAUCAUAUUUAAUGGAUGAGAUGUCAUUCCCCUCCAUCCAUGCUCACAAACCAGGCUUUUCUCACAGGGGCCAUAAACUCAGAAGUGGGAUAUGCAGACUGCUAGCCAUCACCAAGUAGCACACACAGGUUUCUCAAGCUUCAGCUUCCUGCUGUGAUUGCUCUGCAGCUUGUGUUUCCUUUCUGGUGAUGACUCAUCAGGUCAUCAAAAUGGAAAAUGGCAGCUCAUCGAAAUGGAAAAACACCAGCCUUCUCUUGACGCUUUUGCUGUAGUGGAACCUCUUGCCUAAGGUAAACUUCCCUUUACAGCAUUUAAAAUACAGAGCAUUCAAAUGCAGCAUUUUAUGUACAUUUAAACUUUCAUACAUAGGGCAAACUGCUACCAGGUGAUCUCUGUGCAAGAUGAAUAAAUGGAAACAAAUUAUGCAUUAAGAAAAGUAACACAGAAAAUACUGUUUUCAUCUUCCUGGCCCUUCAGCUACGGGAGUCUUUUGUUUCCCCUUCAUUCAGAAGGGUGACUUGGCAACACAAAACGACUAAUUUAUAGCAUAGGUCAUUUAUGAGUGUUUGUUGUAAAAAGCUGUUGUUUAAAGCUCAGUAGAAUAAAAUAUUACAUAGAUAGAGGAGUAGGCUUUGGCCUAGAAAAGUUUAUACCAGAAUGGAAACAGUGGCUGAAGCCUCACAGACUCUUUGUUUACUGUUUUCCAUGGAGACUGAGAGAGACAGAAACACACCACAUGGACAAAAUGGUUAACUGCCUGUAAAAUAUGUUGAAUAUUCUGUUUAUAUUUCAUAUUAUGGAGGCUCUUGGCUUCCCUAAUUCAGCCUUAUUUACAACUUUGCCAUCUGAUAGGCCCAGCUGAGGCCUUUAAUGUCAGUUGCUCCAAUGAGGGUAAGUGGAGCCAGAAUCAAGGGCUGAAGCCACCUUUUGAGGCCUACAGGCCCUUUUAAGACACCUAAUAAACCAAGCAAUACUUGUGAAUGGGAACAAAACCCCAACAAAACAUGGAAAUGGUAGUCAUGACACAACGGGGGGGGGGGCAGUGUUGUGUUGUGCUGCAGCUGCCUUUUAGCCCUCACAAGUACCCUCAUUCUCCAAAAUUUAGCGGGGUCUGAUGAAGAUGAUUUUGACUGAGACAAGAAGGCAUUUCUGAGUAGGCCUCAGACACAGCCGAUAGUCACAGAUGUUUGGGGGGGCACAUUUUCUCUCGUGAGCCACAUUCUGAGGGCCACGUGCCUGUGGCAGCUGGGGCCAGAGGUAGAAAUGGGUAGAGCGGUGGUUCCCACGCCCCAGAGAAGGGCAAUUUGAUUUUUAAGGGGAGCAAUUUGAGAAUGAGGUAAACCAAGUUAAUGGCCUUUUAGGCUUCCUCCGCGUGAGCAGAAGUUCACUUUUUGAAUAAUAAGAAUUACAUGUCACCGGGGGGGGGGCGGGCAUCGGGAUUUUAGAGAUGCUAAGGUGGGGCAUGGCAAAAAAAUGGGCUGGGAAUGGAAUCACUGGGGUAGAGCAAAAGAUACAGCUUUUGCAUUUCUACACCAGCUUACAUUCCAGCCAUGGGGAAAAAAUCACUAAAUUUACAAACACAUAACACACAAGCAACAAGGCAGGCAGGGAGCACAAUCCCAGUUCAAGGGCACCAUCUAGCCAGGCAAAAACACUCAAACAAGGAGAGAUGCAGGGUCUGUGACAGGUGUUGCCUGUCACUGUAUAAUAAAUAUUGCCCCCCCCCUUGCCGUUUCACCACAGAUCCAGGCCUUGCGGGCACCUGAGGUUUGACUUUAAGAUAAAAAACAGAGGAAUAGGUACUAAGUCCUUCAGAUGCUCUGUCCACCUGUGGUGUUUGCCCCAGUUCUGCAAUCUUGGGUGCAAAGAAGCCCCCCUCCCCUGGAUGAAAAGCCUGCUUUUUGCAACUUGGGCCACUCAACAGGGAUGACAAAUUUCUGGUCUGCAUGCUUGCCGCUAGCUCAGGCUUACCGGAGCCACCAGCAAAUUGCAGCCUUUUCAAAAAAUUCAAGCCACAUGGACAAUUGUGGUGAGUGAGAUGCUUCACAAGAUAUCCGGCAGUGGGGUGUGUGGGAGAGCCGGGAAUGAGAUUUAGAAGAUGUUGGGUGGAAGGAGAGCCUGGGGUUUGGGGCAAGAGGAGGACCAUACAGGAAUUGGGCCAAUUCAACCCUGAGCCUUGAGUUUGGGGUUAGAGUGGUCCUCCAGAUGUCCACAGGGGAACUGACUUUCUUCCUCUGCUUUCUUUUAGGACAUUUUGGGACAGCUGGCCUCCAUCUCUGAACAUUUUCCACUCUGUCUCUCCAGCCUUGUGAAGCCAGAAUUAUCCAUGCUGGUUUUACCAGGACAAGGUAGCAACAAGGCAAUCAGAGUUGUGGCCAGGACGUCACAUAAAGAUACUGAAGAUUGAACAUUGUAAUCCAGAACACAAGGCAGUUGUGGGAGGCAAUGAGGCAAAUCCUUCACUGACAAAACAAAAACAUCAUCCAAAGCAUCGUGUUGAAACUGUUAAUGUGUUACGGUGCAGCACAUGCAUCUAGCCACCAGAGAACCAAGUUGCUGACGACAGUCCUAGCAAACACGGUGUGUGCAGCAGACACUUUGAAAAGGAACAGAAGCUCCUGGUAAGAAUACUAAUGAAACUGAAAUAGAGAUACUUCACAGACAGAAUAGUUUCUUGGGCACAUCUCAUUCUGCUACUGAGCCGUGAUACACUGAGUGAUUAAACCAUUAUUAGAUACGCAAGAAGGUAUGAUAAACUGAGAUGCUCAUGUGAAGAGAGGUGGGAAGGUGGGAACCCCGAGGUUUACCAAGCAAUGUGCAAAUGAACGGAAGCAGCAGUGGUUGCUGUAUGUUGUGGUGCAAAAAACUUCUCUAAUGAUAGCAAUUAGGUCCAGAGGCUGUGAAGCAUGGCUAAAUGCAUUCAGGAAGAGCACACAUCACAUUUGGGUGGGAAAUUAAUGAGCUGCUCUUCAUGUGCAAGGGGGAAGGCAUUAGGGCGCUGAAUUAAAAGAUAAAGCAUUGGAGCAGCUUUCAGCUGGGUUCUGGUUGUGCUCACAUCCUCUUUAAUUAGAGGCAGGCAGCCGUAUGAGAAAUGCAGCAGCACCUUCCAAGCCUGAACUUUAAUAAGCAGAGGGUCGUCAAGAAGAAACUGAAUGGGCCAUGCUUGCAGGCAGCCAGGCUCCAAAUUGCAGCCACUUACCAUUUCAGAACCUUCAGAUACUCUGCUUUAGUGUUGGGGAUUAUCCUUGCAUUGAAGCCGGUAAUGACUUUAAAUAACAUUAUUGAGAACUUUUUUUAAAAAAGGUAACAAUUGGAGGAAGUUUGAGAGGGUGACGAUUGCCACUAAGUGUCAGAGAGGCAUCUACUGAAUGUUGCUAUCAAGUUGGUUGUUGUUUAAGGAGAGGGUGUCCUGUGGCUGCUGAGAACUCAUCUCCUCACUUGCCUAGCAGUUGGACUUACCACACACACUGGCUGGUGGCUCCAGCAUCAUUUUAGGAUUUUAAAAGUCCCAUGCUGGUGGGCCCCAAUAUGAAAUUUAAGGGAGCAUCAUUUUAAAAGUGUUGAACUGUGCCCUGGAGAUCAGCAGGCACCGUUGCUCAUUUCCCAGCUUUGUGUUGUGGAUUCUUAGGCCCCAUCUGCAGUAUAUAUGUAAAGUGGUAUCAUAUUGUUUUAAACAGUCAGUUACUUGCCCUUGAAAGAAUUCUGAGACCUGCAGUACCAUCACAAAGCUACAGUUCUCAGAGUUUCCUAGGACUGGAGAUUAGGAUUAGAGAUUGUUGAACCGGUCUGAAAAUUGUAGCUCUGUAAAGAGAAUAGGGGUCUCCUAACAGCUCACAGCACCCUUAACAAACUGCAGCUCUGGCCCCCUCCACCUCUUCCCUCCUUUUCUUCCUAAUGUAUCAACAAAUGAAACUGACCUAUAGAAAAUGUAACUUGAAAAAAGAGACAUUGCACAUACAUUUGUAAACCAAGAAAUCUUUAAUAAUAAUAAUAAAAAUGAAAGCAAACUGCAGCUCCCAGAAUUAUUUGGAGGACGCCAUGGCUAUUUAAAAGAGCCACUGCAGGACUGUUCUAGGAAGCGCAUACGAUGCUGGACAAAGCGUUUAACUACUUCAGCCAGCAGUAACUUGGUGUUUCUCAUGAUUAUUUAAUUGAAUUGCCUGUUUUUCCUUGACUGGCCUAGUUAGCUAUUGAGACUGUUUUCUCAAGUCUAGGAAGGCUUUGCAGUCUGAGCAUUUUCCGGAGUGGGGAAGAACCAUAGCUCAGUGGUAGAGCACAUGCUGUACAUGCAGAACAUCUCAUGUUCAAUCGCCUCCAUAGCAAGCAACUAUUAAAGUUGCACUCAGCUCCAUUCAAGACAAGGAUUUGGCAGUCCUUUUUGGUUCCCCAGCUUAUUGUUGUGAUUGCUGACACACCGGCAUUUUGUACUGAAACGACAAAGAGUCUUGUGGCACCUUAAAGACUAACAAAUUUAUUGUGAUGUGAUAAUAAAAAAAGGGUAAAAGGUAAAGGACCCCUGAAUGGUUAUGUCCAGUCAAAGGCGACUACGGGGUUGUGGCACUCAUCUCGCUUCAGGCCAAGGGAGCCAGGCGUUUGUCCACAGACAGCUUUCUGGGUCAUAUGGCCAGCAUGACUAAACCACUUCUGGCGCAAUGGAACCCCAUGACAGAAACCAGAGUACACGGAAACACCAUUUACCUUCCCUUACCUAUUUCUCUAAUUGCAAUGAUGUGCUUUCGAACUGCUAAGUUGGCAGGAGCAGGGACAGAGCAACGGGAGCUCACCCCAUUGUGGUGUUUCGAACCGCCAACCUUCUGAUCAGCAAGCCCAAGAGGCUCAGUGGUUUAGACCACAGCGCCACCGUCCCAUUGUGAUGUAGCAUUUGUGGACUACAGUCCACUAUGUAUCUGUGCCAGAAAUGAAAUGAGGAAAAGGACAGUAGUACGGACAUCCUGGCAUCAUUAAAACAAUGAACACGUCUAGUGCAAGAAAAACCCAUUGUGCCAAAAGGGAUAGCAUUGCCUCUCUUGAUGUGUUGCAAUACAGUGGGUUUCACACCACAGGUUCCCUUCAAAAUGCCAUUGCUCCUGGAUGGUCAGUCACACAGGGUCCUGUGAGGCAAGGGGUCAACAAUGGUGUGAAGGGAUUGGGCUGCUUUUGAGUAGCUGUGAAUCAGAAAGUACACCAACAUGCUUCAGAAGUUUAGCCAAAUGGGAGCGAUAGAUUGAGGAGUUAACCCACUGGUGGAGGAAGAGGGGCCGGGGGAGCGCACCACCCCUGGCACCACGAUCCCGGUGGAGUGCCAUCACGGGUGUCCCCCCCACAUGCUGGGUACCACGCCCCCGCAGGCGGUGCGUCACUCCCCCAGGACGCAUGCCAGCCACGCCCCCGCCUGCUCUCCGCCCCUGGUGCCGAAGCAUAAAGCUCUGCCACUGAGUUAACCUCCUGUUUUGGGCCAAAAACAUAAGCCUGUGCUUAUGUGGCUUCUCUUUGCCAAAUGGCAGCUGUUGCCGCAAUAAUGCCCAUUAGCAGAUAGGAAAAUUAAUUGGCCAGUGAUUCAUUGUGCUUCGUGCUUGUAAGGAAAAGAGGUGGGCUUUUUUUAGAAAGAAAAUAAAACAUUUCCCAUAACCUGGGCUUUUUUUCCAGCUGGAACUUGUUGGAACACAGUUCCGUCACCUCUCAGGUGGGUGCCAUUGCCAUUCUAAGAGAACAAGGGAGCUGUUCAUGGUGAGUUUCAGCACCUCUUUUUCCAGAAAAAAACAGCACUGCCCAUAAUUAAGCUUGUGCUAUAUCUAACAUUAGUUUUGAAAUGUGGAAGGAGCAAAAGGAAAUUUAUCCUCCAUAGCUUUAAAGCACAUUCAGAGCACAUUUUCUCCAAAGAAUCCUAAGAACUAUGGUUUGUUGAGCUCUGUGAGGGGUAAGCUACAGUUCCCAAGAUUCUUUGAUGGAAAGUGCUUUGAACGUGCUUUAAAGCUCAAAUCUGUGAGUGUAACACAAUAAUAGCUUUUAUUAAGCCAACCAACAUGCCACAGACUAGUGUGCAAGCUUUUAAGAUCAAUAUAUAAAUAUAAAAUAGAGAGGAAGCUUUUUGCCAAUUUUGUGACAUUUCAGUGUGCCUAAUAAAGGUAUUGCUCUAAUUUGGCUCUAAUAAUGUGGAAUAUAUGAACCUUUUAAUGCAGAAUUAUAACCUGUUCUUUAUAUUCCCAUAAUGUCUACUUCAGCCAGCAGUAGUUUGGGCUAUCUCAGAUUGGCUUCCUCUUAACUAGUUUAGAUAGAUAGUUUCUAAGAGGAACUGACAAUCUCAUGAAGAUCGGUCUACCAACAUCCCUUAGCCAUCAUAGCUAAAUGGAACCCCGUGAUCAGUAGUAGUGUACGUCUGAAUAUCAUCUAUUAAGCAUGGCCAACGGAGAAAUGGGUUGUUACUUCUGGAACAGUCACUAGAAUCAUAGAAUCAUAGAAUCAUAGAAUCAUAGAAUCAUAGAGCUGGAAGAGACCACAAGGGCCAUCGAGUCCAACCCCCUGCCAAGCAGGAAACACCAUCAGAGCACUCCUGACAUAUGGUUGUCAAGCCUCUGCUUAAAGACCUCCAAAGAAGGAGACUCCACCACACUCCUUGGCAGCAAAUUCCACUGUCGAACAGCUCUUACUGUCAGGAAGUUCUUCCUAAUGUUUAGGUGGAAUCUUCUUUCUUGUAGUUUGGAUCCAUUGCUCCGUGUCCGCUUCUCUGGAGCAGCAGAAAACAACCUUUCUCCCUCCUCUAUGUGACAUCCUUUUAUAUAUUUGAACAUGGCUAUCAUAUCACCCCUUAACCUCCUCUUCUCCAGGCUAAACAUGCCCAGCUCCCUUAGCCGUUCCUCAUAAGGCAUCGUUUCCAGGCCUUUGACCAUUUUGGUUGCCCUCCUCUGGACACGUUCCAGUUUGUCAGUGUCCUUCUUGAACUGUGGUGCCCAGAACUGGACACAGUACUCCAGGUGAGGUCUGACCAGGGCAGAAUACAGUGGCACUAUUACUUCCCUUGAUCUAGAUGCUAUACUCCUAUUGAUGCAGCCCAGAAUUGCAUUGGCUUUUUUAGCUGCCGCGGCACACUGUUGGCUCAUGUCAAGUUUGUGGUCAACCAAGACUCCUAGAUCCUUUUCACAUGUACUGCUCUCAAGCCAGGUGUCCCCCAUCUUGUAUUUGUGCCUCUCAUUUUUUUUGCCCAAGUGCAAUACUUUACAUUUCUCCUGUUAAAAUUCAUCUUGUUUGUUUUGGCCCAGUUCUCUAAUCUGUCAAGGUCGUUUUGAAGUGUGAUCCUGUCCUCUGGGGUGUUAGCCACCCCUCCCAGUUUGGUGUCAUCUGCAAAUUUGAUCAGGAUGCCCUUGAGUCCAUCAUCCAAGUCGUUGAUAAAGAUGUUGAAUAAGACCGGGCCCAAGACAGAACCCUGUGGCACCCCACUAGUCACUCUUCUCCAGGAUGAAGAGGAACCAUUGAUGAGCACCCUUUGGGUUCGGUCAGUCAGCCAGUUACAAAUCCACUGAGUGGUAGCAUAGUCAAGACCACAUUUUACCAGCUUCUUUACAAGAAUAUCAUGGGGCACCUUGUCAAAUGCCUUGCUGAAAUCAAGGUAGGCUACAUCCACUGCGUUCCCUUAAUCUACCAGGCUUAUAAUUCUGUCAAAAAACGAGAUCAGGUUAGUCUGACAUGACUUAUUUUUCAGAAAUCCAUGCUGACUAUUGGUGAUCACAGCAUUCCUUUCUAGGUGCUCACAGACUGUUUGCUUAAUGAUCUGCUCCAGAAUCUUCCCUGGUAUUGAUGUCAGACUGACUGGGCGGUAAUUAUUUGGGUCCUCUCUUUUCCCUUUUUGAAAAUAGGGACAACAUUUGCCCUCCUCCAGUCUGCCGGGACUUCGCCUGUUCUCCAGGAAUUCUCAAAGAUGACUGCCAGUGGUUCUGAGAUCACAUCUGCUAGUUCUUUUAAUACUCUUGGAUGCAGUUCAUCUGGCCCUGGAGACUUGAAUACAUCUAAACUAGCCAAGUAUUCUUGUACUAUCUCCUUAGUUAUUCUGGGCUGUGUUUCCUCUGCUGAAUCAUUUGCUCCAAAUUCUUCAGGUCGGGCAUUGUUUUCUUUAUCGGAGAAGACUGAGGCAAAGAAGGCAUUGAGGAGUUCAGCCCUUUCUGUGUCCCCUGUUUGCAUUUCACCAUCUUCUCCUCUGAGUGACCCCACUGUUUCUUUGUUCUUCCUUUUGCUACUGAACAUACCCAUAAAAGCCUUUUUUGUUGCUUUUAACCUCUCUAGCAAGCCUGAGUUCAUUCUGUGCUUUAGCUUUUCUGACUUUGUGUCUACACGUGCUGGCUAUUUGUUUGAAUUCCUCUUUGGUGGUUUCCCCUUUUCCAUUUUUUGUACACAUCCUUUUUAAUCUUAACUCAGUUAAAAGUUCUUUAGAUAGCCACCCUGGCUUCUUUAGGCACCUUCCAUGUUUCCAUCUCAUUGGUAUUGCCUGACGUUGUGCUUUUAGUAUCUCCCUCUUAACAAACUCCCAGCCAUCAUGAACUCCCUUUCCUUUUAGUAUUACUGUCCAUGGGAUCUCACCCAGCACUUCCCUAAGUUUUAUGAAGUCGGCUUUCUUAAAGUCAAGAAAUUGAGUCCUAGUAUGCUUGGCUGCUCCUUUCCGCUGUAUAGUAAACUUCAGAAGAGCAUGAUCACUCGCGCCUAAUGAUCCUUCCACUUCUACCCCACUAACCAGGUCAUCAACAUUGGUUAGGACCAGAUCUAAAAUGGCUGUUCCUCUUGUUGCUUCUCCCACUUUCUGGACAAUGAAGUUGUCUGCAAGGCCAGUGAGGAAUCUGUUUGACCUUAUGCUCUUGGCUGAGUUUGACAUCCAACAAAUAUCCGGGUAAUUGAAGUCCCCCAUUACUACUAUCUCCCUUCUUUUUGCAUGCUUGGCCAUCUGUUCCAGGAAGGCAUCAUCUAUAGUAAACUCCCACAAUGAGGUCACUGUUAUUCUUCUCUCCCUUAAUUUUGACCCAAAUGCUCUCACUUUGGCUUUGAGGUUCUAAAUCUUGGAUCUCUUCACAGGUAUACACAUCCCUGACAUAUAACGCCACUCCUCCUCCUUUCUUGUCUGGUCUGUUUCUCUGAAAUAGAUUGUAUCCCUCCAUUAUUACAUUCCAAUCGUGGGACUUAUCCCACCAGGUUUCAGUGAUGCCUAUUAUGUCAUAUUUAGUUUGCUGUACCAAGAGCUCAAGCUCAUUUGGUUAUUUCCCAUGCUUUGCGCAUUAGUGUACAGACAUUGAAGUCCAUUAAUCAUUCCCCCGUGUCUCUUAUUUAAGGAUUUUUUCCUCCCACCACUAGGUCUGCGUGCUGUUUGCUCCAUUUGGUCUAUGACAUUUGGAUGAUCAUCUUCAUCAGUUGAUAGACUCCUGCCUUCAGGAGCACUGUCUCCCUCCCCCACAUUAGUAAGUUUAAAGCAAGGCAGGAAUGUAUCUGGUUGGCUGUGGUUGGAUUUAGAUACUGUAUAUGUCUGGCCCAAAACAGGAGGGGUUUAACUCAUCUAUCUCCACUCACCCCCAAUUUCUUAGCUGCAGAACCCCUUCUUCCUCUUGGCUAGGAGUAGUAUAGGCUUGGAACCCACACUUACAUUGACCAGGUCUGGGGAGGGGUUUCAGCUGGAACUUGCUGGAACUCAUUUCCGGUGCCUCUCAGGUGGGUGCCAUUGCUAUUAUAAGAGAACAUGGAGAGUUCCGGCAUCUCUUUUUCUAGAAAUACAGUGGUACCUCGGGUUACAUACGCUUCAGGUUACAUACACUUCAGGUUACAGACUCUGCUAACCCAGAAAUAGUGCUUCAGGUUAAGAACUUUGCUUCUGGAUGAGAACAGAAAUCGUGCUUCAGCGGCGUGGCAGCAGCAGGAAGCCCCAUUAGCUAAAGUAGUGCUUCUGGUUAAGAACAGUUUCAGGUUAAGUACGGACCUCCGGAACAAAUUAAGUACUUAACCCGAGGUACCACUGUAUAGCACUGGGCAAAAGUAUAGUAAAAAUACCAGUUUUAACUCACUAAGCCAAAAGUUUAGGACUUGCUGCUGCAGCAGCUACUAAUCUCCAACAAAUUAGUAUCUGGGAAGACAAAAUACUUGGGCAAAAUUUGCUGUUGUGAAUCAGUGCUGUAGACAACAGCAAGCUAGGUCUUGUAAUGUUAAUAGGUCUCUGUGACAUAUCUCCUGCCUGGUGCAUUUGUGAUGGAAAACAAAUCCCCCUUCAGUCACAUGAGAGUAGACUUGGUCACAAAAUUCUUUCCUUUCACAGUCAUACCUUUCCUUGACACCCUGCCAGUUGGUGUUGUGAUCUUAUGGGCUUUCUGCAUACUUUAAAAAUGGCAUACAUUGACUUUUCUGGCCUCUGCUGUUGGCUUUUGCCUUAUAAGGAUUAGCACGUCUUUGCUCUCUCUCACUCUUUUGUUUAGGAUCCCCAGCUUCAAAACAGCCCAUAUCUGGCUUUGUGUUGACCUGCGGCACUUGAACUAAUGGACAUUCACAUAAACAGUGUACUGGGUUUUGUGUGCACAUUAACAACUUGUUUGAAAUUUGUUGGACCUUAAACUUUUAACCUCAGACUCAGUUUUUUAGUGUGUUUUUUAAGUCUGGAGAUUCAAGGAACACUGCUUCAUCCCAUGUGGAUGUUUAGGCGGCAAUUUGAGCCCUGGUUAUCUGGGAGUAAGCUCCAAUGAAUUCCUAGAAUAGAAACAUAGAAUUGUAGAGUUAGAAGGGACAAUGAGGGUCAUCUAGUCCAACCCCAUGCAGCAAUCUUUUGCCCAAUGUAGGACUCGAACCCAUGACUCUGAGAUUACGAGUCUCAUGCUCUACUGACUGAGCCAUCCAUCUUGGGCAAUUUAUUUCUGAGCAGACAUAGUUAGGAUUGUGCUGUAAAUUAUCUAGUCUUCUCUGCAGGAUCUUUGCGUGUCGAGGUCCCCAAGACACCCCCUAAUAAAACACAGUGACACAUUACUUUUGUUUAAGGUUUUGGGCAUAAUUUUGGCCACAACUUUAUUAAAUUACAAGCAAUGUGAGUGGUUGCUUAGGCAUUGGUUGCGACUAUCUGAACCCGCACGGGGACAGUCUGACAUUCUCAUGCCUGCGAAGUCAGAAAAGGGUAAGACACCCGGAGAGAGAGACGGGACUGGGAACCAUGCCUCACCUCUCCCCAAAUGCUCCCGGGGGCUCUUGCGUGGCCCUAGCCCCUUAACAGGGUGCGGACAAAAGCAUGGCGAGCCCCUGGGUUCCUUUAACAGAAAACCCUUGCAGCAGCACUUUUGGAGGGGCAGGCACAGCCAACUCCAUACCCCUCCACCAACCAAUUCCCAAACCAAUGCCUAACCGCAACCUUACAAGUUGUGACGAUUUGCUACGCAGUAGGCAAAAACCAAAUGGCACCAGCUAAUCAGCCAAAUGGACAGAAUUCCUACCGGGCCCCAGCCCCAAAAGCAGACGACCCCAUGACAGGCAUAGCAAGGUCAAGCAAACAGCCUAAAAUAGGGAGGGAGGGCGGGUGAUCCGAUGCACGCAGCGAAAAGAGGAAGCUCAACACUGCGUGCAGGGCAUUUAAAGACUAGGGCAGUCAAUCAAAAAAAUGGCAACAUAUAAUUCUCCCCAGCAACAGCCAGCCCUCUGCUAAUGGUGGCCAAACUCUUUCCCACCCAGCAACAGCGGGGUGUCUUGCUAGCCCCCACUGCAACACGUGCUCUCCAUGAAGGAGAACAUAUUUUAUUAGGAGGACUAGCAAGUUUCUGAGAUUUGUUUGCUGAUAAUUGCACUCCAGGUUGUCAGUUUCUGAGUACCAACAGCUGUAUGAGAAAUACAGUUUCUCCUAAUCCUAGCCACAGCUAAAGUUUGCUGGCUGGUCCUCUUUGGAAGUGUGUAAUCCAUAACCACCACGAUCAACAACAGAAUGUUCCAGGAUCCUGGAGGGUUAGCUUGUUGUAGGAGUGGAAAUCUGGAUUUACUGCAUUUUAACAUAUAUCCACCUUGCUUAUAUUCGAAGCAUGAUAGCCCAGUAUGUGAGCUGAAGUUACAGAAGCAACAUGCUCAUAAGAAAGAAAGCUUUACUUCUUAAAUGCAUCAGUUGGACCUGUUCAAAGUAAAAGCACAAUAUUUGUCAAUCGGCAUUUGUGGGAGGAUUCCUUCCGCUCUCUUUGGACUUGAGAAUUGCCAGCUCUUGCAAAAGAAGCUUCUUGCCUGACUAAGCUGUUUCCUGAACUCUGCAAGAAAGAACCAGCUAAAGGAUGCUUGAGUUAAGUUUAAAGUUACCUCCCUUCAGGCAUUCAAGCGCAAGUGGAGCCAUGCUGGCUGGUGUUGAUGGGAGUUGUAGUCCAAAAAAUGUGGAAGACAAAAGGUGAAAGAAACCUGCUGUCUACAUUGUAUAAUAAUGUGCAUUCAAUGCUUCUUGACCCAGGCUGAGUCUGUAACUGGAAAUGGGGUUUUCCAACUCUUGUGCAAAUAGAGAUCAUAUAUAUAUAUAUAUUAAUAUAACCUGAAUGUUGCUAAGUUGCGUAUCCUAAAUCAGGAUAUUCACUGGUGCCAGAAGUGUGUCUGGAAGUGUGUAUCGUCCCUCUUUCUCUUUGAAAGAUAGCCCUCUGAAGCAAGCUGGCCAGGCUUUGACUGUUCCAUAUGAAAUCAGCUGCCUGUCUGACUAGCUCUCUUCCAUAAGAGGGAAUUUUAUGCUGUGAGUUCAGUAGCCUAAAAUCAGAGAUGGGAAAACCAUGGUUUUUAAACAUUGUUGGACUCCAACUCUCAUCAGCCCUAGCCAGCAUGGUCAAUAAUCAGGAUUAUGGGAGUUGUAGCCUAGGAGGGCCACAGCUUCCCCAUCAUAGAAGAUGGUGUGUUCCUGAUUCCCUUCCGACAGUGUAUCCUUAUUCCUGUCCUCCUGCUGGAAGCUAUCAGUGGGGUGUUUUCACACACAGAUGCCUUUAUAUCAGGCUCCUUUGUAGAUCUGAAAUGUUGCAUGCGGGGUCAUUAAACCCUUUUGUAAAUCCCAAAGUCCUAACUUCUUCACGUAUUUAGUUCAUUUAGACUGGAAUGAAAUAGGAGGAGCUGACAUAUGAGAAAUGUUAGAUAAACAAGAUUCACCCCAUGAAGAGACCCUGAUGGCAACAUCUUGCUAUUUUUAAACUUGAGAACACGCAACUUAAUUUAUAUAUGUAGUCUUUCCUCCUUUUCAGGGGGCAGGGGGAGAGGGAGAUGUCCUGGAUCUAUUACAAAUGUCAGAGCAGAGUCAGCCAAGGUUGUCUUUUCAAAAUUCUGCCAUAAUGGUAUUUUUAGCAGUGGUUACAUUCAUCAGUUCACCUUGCAGCUUCUUAUGUUGCACAUAAUUAUCACUGCAGUUAUUAAGACUUGUGGGGAAGGAGGUGGAAACGUCUAUUUUUGAGUGUGGUUCCAAGCAUACGGAUAAUUCGGAGGGCUGCCUCAGCAAUCGUGCUCCAUUCUCAGGCAAGGGAGAUGUUGCUUGCUUUAUUAAGUUCCUCUUAACUGGAGGUGCCAGAACGGUUGCUAGGACGUUGGAUACACAAAGUACACGUUCUCCCAAAAGCCGAGCAGGGCCAUCACUAGUCAUCAGUUGGCGCUUUGGAUGUGGAGAGUCUCAUGCACAGCUGAGGGCCAAAAUAGAUGUGCUGUUGAUGGCGUUCACGCAGUUAACAUGGCACAUUUCCCGUUAUGUAAAUAACAGCCGCAGGGAAGCCUGAGCAUCUUUACGGCUCUGGGAGAGGGAAAAUGCAACUCUCUCCCGGCCCAGGUCUCCACAAAAAAAAUCUCCUUUCUGAAACAAUCAGCAUUUCCGCAGAAGCUUCCAUUGGGAUGAAUAAGUUGCAUGGGGUGGGUUGAGGGAUAGGAAGAGGAAUAUCAGUUGUUGUGUGUUCCAGCUUGUUUUCACAUGGAACAAAGACUGUAAACAAAUAUUUGCAAUGUCCAUUACAUGUAACACACAGGAACUAGAUAAUGGAUACAACCCGUUAUCCAGAUCUAGACUUUGACCCUUCACAGCAUCGUCCCCUCAUUUAUCUAUUUCUCUCUAUUCCUCUCUGAUAACCCAGAAGAACCAGAGCUGUCAUUGUUCCACAAGCCCCAUACCUUCAAAUUUGGGGUAAAUCUGGUAAUCCCAGAUUUCAAUGCCAUGCCAGUAAAGCAGCCUCUAGCUAUUGGUGCAGGAUAACAGAUUUAAAUCAAUAACCUUUAUUAAGCCUUUUUGUAGAACUGCUGUGCAAUUCCAGCCCUCUUUUACAUAUCCUUCAUCUGAAGGUAUCUGAAGAAGUGUGCAUGCAUACGAAAGUUCAUACCAAUAACUUAGUUGUUUCUAAGGUGCUACUGGAAAGAAUUUUUUUAUUUUAUAUCCUUCAUCUGUGAAUCUUAGGGAUCUUAGUUAUAGGAUGGUGACCAAGUGCAUUUGCGCUGCUCAUGGAUGAUUGGUAAUAGAGUUUAUUUGCACCUGCUUAAUGUUGCUUAAUGUUAGUAAUUGACAUAUUAGGAAUUUAAAGUACAGUACUUGAUGCCAGCAUUUUAAAAAGUUAAAAAUAACAGCCCCAGAUGCUCUGUAGAACAGGACUCCAAAUAACAUUUCCCAAACAAGAGGACGAAAGUUUUAGAUGACUGAACUGCAGAAAAUUGACUAAUGAAAUAGACCUAAUGUGUUUAGUGGGAAUUUUCUAGCACUCAAAACAAUUACUUAACCAUCUCUCUCUCAGCUUGUAAAAAGAAAUUUAUAUUGAUGGCAUAAAAAUUGCUGAUACAUUUUACCUCCUCCUAAUCAAAUAAAUAGCACUUUCUCUCCAGGAAAAAUGGUUAAUCAGGAAUAAGAGACGAAUGCAGCCCACCUUGCACUGCAAUCACUUCAGAUUCAAUAAAUUAAGUACCACUAGGACAGAUUAAUAUUUGCAUGGCAGCCUCUUUGGAAGAGACUCUGCAGAGCUUUUUAAUCAGCACAGGGCCUUCCUUUCUUCAUGGUGAAUUGGUGCCCUGAAUGGCCGCCCUGUGCUUAGGGUUGCAGUGGGGGACUUGGCAGCUCUCCAGGUCUUGCUGGGCUACAACUCCCACUAUCGCUGACCAUUAGACAUGCUGACGGGAUUUAGAGUCCCAGCAAUACCUUCAGGGCCACAGGCUCCCUACCCCUGCAUUACUCGACCAGCUGCCCUGCCUGUACGCAUAUAAAGCAGGAGGGUGGGGAUCAUAGUUCUGGGUAGUUUCCUCUCAGUUGUGCUCCUCUUUUGAAGUAAAAGUAAAACAGUCCAGUGGCGUAGCGUGGGUUGUCAGCACCCGGGGCAAGGCAAGUAAUUUGCGCCCCCUAACCCGUGGAUUUUAGCACUCAGAGAGCUGCGAGUGCGGUCGCCCCUCCCAGAUGUUGCGCCCGGUGCGGCUGGCCCCCCCCUGCACCCCCACGCUACGCCACUGAGACAGUCACACCCUCUUAUGGGAACUGGGCAGACAUGUGAACCACAGGUGUGUCUGCCCCCAUCAUAUUUAGUUUGGGCUGGCGUGAUGUCUCUCUGGAUUACCACCCAUUCCCCCAUCACAUGGGAACAAACCCUCCAGUACUGUGCUUUUCAGUAGAGUUGGUUCAUCCAUUUGGCAGUGAGUCACAGGAGUGAUGGGUGAUAAAUAAAUCAGAAGAAUGAGCCUUCAGUUUCACAGUCAUUUCUUAAUAUCAGCUCAUUUGCAUUAUAGGUCUUGGAGAGUCUUGGAGAUCUUUGUUUUUCCAACACGCCAUUUCUAAAUUGAAUAGAUUUAAUUGCAGCUCAAGACUGGGCUUGCAUUCAAAAUAUGAUUCUUCUGUCCACCCUCUCCAAAUAUGUGUGUCUUCAGGCCAAAAGAAAUUAACUGCAAUAGUGUUACGCUAGUUAUUACCGCUGGUAAUAACUAAAUAACCCAUCAGUGUUCAGGUCAGGAUUGUUGGUAUGCUAGCAAUAAUAAAUUAUAACUUGCACAUCAGUCCAGGUUUUAUCAUGUGGAACAGGCUUUCUGAGUGUUUAUCCCCCCCUUUUUUUAAAGAAAACAUAUUUGUGGACCUGCUUGGUCAAAAAGCCGGAUCUUAAAUCGUGA